UUAAAAAAACCGGAAGCUUAUUCCUUUGGAAGAAGAAAAAAGUUAGCUUUGUCGCUACUAGCGUCGACUAGCUUGCGUAAACUUUUCCACACUUAUUAUUUUGAAUAUCGUAGCCAUUCCAGAUCGCAGUUAUGCCGGGACCUUCCAACAUUGUCGCUAUGAAGAAAGUCGUUCAACAGUUGCGCUUUGAAGCGGGUAUAAACAGAGUUAAGGUCUCGCAGGCCGCAGCGGACCUCCAGCAGUUUUGCCUCCAGAACGCCCAGCAGGACCCCCUGCUCACCGGCAUGUCUUCCAGCAACAACCCGUUCAGACCGCAGAAAGUCUGCUCCUUCCUAUAGUACUGACGGGCCAGGCGACCACUGUGAGUUUUGGAUUACAUGCCUAAUUUGGGGUGAGCUGCAGAAUCCUGCAAAAUGGACUGGAAUCAUCUCAGGAGUCUUUGGGAAUUUGGGCCAGGAAUUUUAACUUGAGCCUUUUUAAACUUUAACCUUCCUUUAAAAAUAAAUUACACAUUUUCCUUCUUGGGUGCAUUAGAAAUGCCCCAGCCUUCCUGCGUAGAACUAACACAUGUGCCUUAUGAAAUGUAAAUGUUUCUUGCCUCAAUAAAACUGAACUAUUUCCACAUUUUA